UUAGAAAACAGCAGCCAAACUCCUGUCUGUGUGCGCGAGCUGCUUUUAUUACAGCUUACAUGGAUACAAACACACCGCUUUAAGCUGCUGAUUGAUUUCUUCUCUAAGGGCCCUAAGUGACGGUAUGUCGCUUCCUUUCGCUCUGACGUCUAAAGCGCUUCUCUGCUCUAUCUUGACUCGUUGAAGAUGAGUUAGAUCGGUCACGGCUGAUCUCUGCUUCAUGAGCCAGCAGGAUGCGGCAUCGGUGCGUGCACUUUCUGAGCGUCUCCUGGUAGCGUCGCACAAGGGCCAGGCCGAAAAUGUGGUGCAGCUGAUCAACAAGGGCGCCAAAGUCGCCGUCACCAAGUAUGGCCGGACUCCGCUGCAUUUGGCCGCUUAUAAAAACCACGUUGAGGUUGUGAGGAUCCUUUUGAGGGCUGGCUGCGAUCUGGACAUUCAGGAUGACGGCGAUCAGACCGCGUUACACCGAGCAGCCGUGGUGGGAAACGGUGACAUCAUCACAGCGCUCGUCCAGGAAGGGUGUGCACUGGACAGGCAAGACAAGGAUGGAAACACGGCGCUGCACGAGGUCGCAUGGCACGGCUUCAGUCAGUCCGUCAAACUGCUGGUUAAAGCCGGGGCUCACAUCCAAGCUAAAAACAAGGCAGGGAACACGGCUCUACACUUGGCGUGCCAGAACGGUCAUGCUCAAAGCACUAAAGUUCUGCUGCUGGGUGGAGCUCGUCCUGACAGCAAAAACAAUGUAGGUGACACGUGCCUGCACGUCUCCGCCCGCUACAACCAUGUGGGUGUCAUCCGUAUUCUUCUAGGCGCUUUCUGUUCAGUGGCUGAGAUUAAUCAGGCAGGAGAUUCGGCCCUGCACAUAGCGGCCAUGCUGAAUCAUAAGAAGACGACACGUCUGCUGCUUGAAGCUGGAGCUGAUUGCAACAUCCAGAACAACGCAGGGCAAACAGCACUGGACAAGGCCAGAGAGAACAACAACCCUGAAGUAGCACUUCUGCUAACUAAAGCCCCACAGAUUCAGAGCUUCACCCGUGGCAGAAGUGUUAGGAAAAGGAGGGAAAAGUUGAGAGCUGAAGGACGAGCACUGUCUGUACCACGUGAUGAGAUGCUGCGGCGUAAGUUCAGUGUGUCUGCAGCAGAAGAAACUCCCAGCAGUGAUCGUUCUGCACAGAGACGCGGGAACUGCAGGAACGAAUCACCGCACGGUCCUCGGCAUAGAAAAAGUCAUGACCGGAGCCGCAGCCAGGUCAAAGAAAAGCCUUCCCUAUCGGACCCUCUAUCCAGCAGGGAGAAUAAGUGUAAAGAGCAGAGGAAGAGGAGUAAAUCAAGAACUUCACCUCCCCGAGCUGUUCCUCCUCCACACAGCUACAAGGCUUAUCAGCUGUACACACUGUACAGGGACCAAGACGGCAAGGUCAUGCAGGCUCCUCUGGACGGCUGCAGGUGUGAACCGCUCAUCAACAAACUGGAGAACCAGCUGGAGGCCACCAAAGAGGAGAUGAAGUCUGAGAUCCAGAUGGUCCAAGAGCUUAUGAACAACAAGAUGGGUCAGCUAGAGCGCAAGAACAAACACCAGAUCAGAGCUCUGGAUAAGAUGACGUUAGAGAGAGUGUCCGCUGAAAGGACGGAGUGUUUACGUCGUAUCGACGAGAGGACAAAACAGGAGAGCCUGGAGGGUGAGAAGAGACAGGCCUCCAUGGUGAGUGAACUAAAGAACUGGUGCAUGUCUAAGCUCCAGAGGAUGGAGGCACGUCUGACAGCAGAUGCACGUUGUGCCCCUCUGCACCGAUCGUCCUCUCUGGAUGGGUGUGCGACGCUUCAGGGUGAAACAGAGGGUCUGUCUGCAGGCAGCACUCGCUGUCUUGUACCCGGCGAUCCGACCGAGCGCGAGGAGGGACAAGGAGAGGGAGAGGGAGGAGCUCUGGGAGAAGAGGAUGUGUUGGACAGACACUACUUUGUGGUUCAGAUGGACGGCUCUUCAGACGGCAAACCGAACAUCCAUGAGAUCUCGUCCUCUGUGGCCCAGGACAAAUCAGCACCGUCCUCUCCUCUCGUUGUACGACCAAAACAGCGCACGCUGUUCUCUGCUGACCCACACAGGCCAGACCAGGAACUACAGGAGCCCUUGAAUUCAGUCCAAUCCAACAGCCUCUUGAAGGCUACAGAGCGCCGCAGCAGUGGCCAAAAGGACCAAAAACACGAGCGGGACCAGAAGCGCAGCAAGAGAUCUAAAAGCAGACACAAUAAAAAACAUUUUGAAGGGAGGACUGAGGACCAAUCUGGGACAAAGACCCAUGAGGUGUUAGGAGAAGAGCGGGUCAGCUUGCACGCGCUGGAGGUGACGCAGUGCUUCUUCGAGGCAGUGUCAACACAGAUGGAGCACUGGUACGAGCGCAAGGUCCAGGAGGCGAGCUGGCAGGCCGAGCAGCGAGCACGGGCCGAUCAGUCCACGCUGAUGGAGAGGAUCAUCUGCCUGGAAGAUGAACUGAGGCUCCUCAGAACCAGCAGACAGGAGGACAGCUAGCACAGGCUUGUGUGAAGAAGGAGUGGAUACCAGAGAUCAUAACCUCCUGUUAAACUUCACAUCUUUUGUCUAUGAAGGAGUUCAGUCCUCCAGAUCAUAUAGAUAGAUAUAAAUAGCGUGUGUGUGUGUGUGUGUAUGUAUGUAUAUAUAUAUAUAUAUAU